AUGGGUUCAGUUAAACAAUCUGGUGCCAUCCCGAGUAAAACUAGAUUGGCACGUACUUACGCGAAGGUUUUGCACAUUCAAGCUUUGACCGGGAUAGCUCCGGAUGGUGGAAUCCGAAAGAUUGAAAAGAAAACGAAAGAUCACUUGAAGAGUUCCCGCGCUCCGUCCUCUAGUGAAGAAGAUGAAUGGGUUCGGGUUAAAGAAACUUUUCUUGCUAAGCUGUUCGCUGGAAUAUCAGCUGUUAAAGCUGCAUAUGCAGAAUUGCAAUUUGCUCAAUCUCCUUAUGAUGCUGAUGGGAUUCAAUCUGCAGAUCAAAUGUUAGUGUUGGAACUAAAGAAAUUGUCUGAAUUGAAGAAAUGUUACUUGAAGAAACAAUUGGACACGACAUUCCCUGAGAAGACUCUCGUUUUAGCUGAAAUUCAGGAGCAGAAGAGUCUACUACAAACAUAUGAAAUUUUGAAUAAUAAGUUGGAUUCUCAGCUUAAACUUAAAGAAUCUGAAAUAACCUUUCUUGAAGAGAAAUUGACUGAAGUCGACACGGAUAAUAAGUUACUCGAGAAGAGAUUAAAUUCAAGUGGAGAAUUAGGUAUGCCUGUGGUUAUUCAUUUCUCAGGCUCAAGUCCCAACCACUUUAUUACAUGUUUUAGACAGACAGUAAAAUCAAUUCGCAGAUUUGUCAGGUUGCUGAUUGUCGAAAUGGAGUCUGCAGGGUGGGAUUUGGUGGGUGCAGCCAGUUCAAUUGAACCCGGGGUCGUUUUCUGGAAACAAAAUCACAGGUGUUUUGCAUUUGAAUCCUUUGUCUGCAAAGAAAUAUUUGACGGUUUCAGUUACCCGAACUUCUCGAUCCAAAAGGAGUCCUUGCCGGAGCAGAAGGAAAAACGAAGGCUAUUUUUCGACAGAUUCAUGGAGUUGAAAUCUGUUCAACCAGCGGAUUAUCUAGCCUGGAAGCCUAAAUCUGCGUUUGCAAUGUUUUGCCGCUCUAAAUACUUGAGACUUGUUCAUCCAAAGAUGGAAGCAUCCCUAUUUGACAAUCUCGAUCAGAGGGCCUUGGUGAAUUCGGGCGAAUGCCUGAAGACAUCCUUCUUCUUGGCAUUCGCUGAGAUGGCUAAGUGCGUUUGGCUACUACACUGCCUGGCCUUAUAUUCCGACUAUGAGGUCUCUAUCUUUCAAGUGACCAAGGGAGCUCGUUUUUCUGAAGUUUACAUGGAUAGCUUAAGCAACGAAGCAUUCUUGUUGUCUGAUGGCACACCAGAAACUGAUCCUCGUGUGGCUUUCACAGUGGUUCCUGGGUUCAUAAUAGAGAAAAUUGGCCAUGGCUUGCCUGGUAGCUGCCUAGCUGGUUAUGCCUUCCAAGAUAUUCUCACUUUUGUUAAACAUCCAGCGAGUGUUGAAGGAUAG